AGAGCCUGACCAGUGUAGCUGGUGGGGCCCAGAAGGAGGGGGAUGCUUGGGGCAUUUGGAGUUAAAUCCCAUGACCACUCCUCCCUUCCUUCAUGGACUGUGUCUGAGUUUUCCUUUUCCUCUGUUCAGACUUGCUGCUGCCCCUGGAGGAGCCCUCCCUUUCUUGGUUAGGAGACACCUGCCUGCUGGCUCACAAGAUGAGCCAGCUGAGGCCGCUACUGUCCCGGCUUGGGGCCCAGGCUGUCAGGCUCCUGGCCACACGGGACAUCCUGGAGAGGAGCUGGCACAGCAGGUCCUCAGGGUCCCCAGCUGCCUUCCCCAGCAGCCCAGGCGGAGGCAGCUCCAGUUACAUGGAGGCAAUGUACUUGGCCUGGCUGGCAAACCCGCAGAGUGUGCACAAGGGAUCAGCGGAUGCCUCCUGGGCUGCCAGCAUGGGCCACCCAGCUUCUCCGGCCCUGAGUAGGCUACUCCUUGCUUCUACCCGCCGGCCCCAGUCCUGGGACAGCUUCUUCCAGAAAGCCAGCCAGGAGGCUCCACGUGCCACCCCUGAGGGCAGGCCCAUGCCUUCCAGCCCGACCACAAACAGCAAGCUGGUGGAGGACCACCUGGCCGUGCAGUCCCUCAUCCGGGCCUACCAGAUCCGGGGCCACCAUGUGGCCCAGCUGGACCCCCUAGGCAUCCUGGAUGCAGACCUGGACUCCUUCGUGCCCUUCGACUUGAUCACGACCAUGGAUAAGUUGGCCUUCUACGACCUGCGGGAGACAGACCUGGACAAGGAGUUCCAGCUGCCCACAACCACCUUCAUAGGGGGCUCUGAGAGCACGCUCUCACUGCGGGAGAUCAUCCGGCGGCUGGAGAGCACCUACUGCCAGCACAUAGGCCUGGAGUUCAUGUUCAUCAAUGAUGUGGAGCAGUGCCAGUGGAUCCGGCAGAAGUUCGAGACCCCUGGAGUGAUGCAGUUCUCCAAUGAGGAAAAGCGGACCCUGCUGGCCCGUCUGGUGCGCUCCAUGAGGUUUGAAGACUUCCUGGCCCGAAAGUGGUCCUCAGAAAAGCGGUUUGGCCUAGAGGGCUGUGAAGUCAUGAUCCCCGCCCUCAAGACCAUCAUCGACAAGUCGAGCGAGAUGGGGAUCGAGAACAUCAUCCUGGGCAUGCCACACAGGGGCAGGCUGAAUGUGCUGGCCAACGUGAUCCGCAAGGACCUGGAGCAAAUCUUCUGCCAGUUUGACCCCAAGCUGGAGGCUGCAGAUGAGGGCUCCGGGGAUGUCAAGUACCACCUGGGCAUGUACCAUGAGAGGAUCAACCGCGUCACCAACAGGAACAUCACCCUGUCCCUGGUGGCCAACCCCUCCCACCUGGAAGCCGUGGACCCUGUGGUUCAGGGGAAGACGAAGGCAGAGCAGUUCUACCGAGGGGAUGCCCAGGGCAGGAAGGUCAUGUCCAUCCUGGUGCAUGGGGAUGCUGCCUUCGCCGGCCAGGGCGUGGUCUAUGAGACCUUCCACCUGAGUGACCUGCCCUCCUACACCACCAAUGGCACUGUGCAUGUUGUCGUCAACAACCAGAUUGGCUUUACCACGGAUCCCCGCAUGGCCCGCUCCUCACCGUACCCCACGGACGUGGCCCGCGUGGUCAAUGCACCUAUCUUCCAUGUGAAUGCGGACGACCCUGAGGCUGUGAUCUACGUCUGCAGUGUGGCAGCCGAGUGGAGGAACACCUUCAAUAAGGACGUCGUGGUGGACCUGGUCUGUUACCGCAGGCGAGGCCACAACGAGAUGGAUGAGCCCAUGUUCACGCAACCGCUUAUGUACAAGCAGAUCCACAGGCAGGUGCCCGUGCUGAAGAAAUAUGCCGACAAGCUCAUCUCCGAGGGAACUGUCACCCUGCAGGAGUUUGAGGAAGAAAUCGCCAAAUACGACCGAAUCUGUGAGGAGGCCUAUGGCAGGUCCAAGGACAAGAAGAUCCUGCACAUAAAGCACUGGCUGGACUCCCCCUGGCCUGGCUUUUUCACUGUGGACGGGGAACCCAAGAGCAUGACCUGCCCCCCCACGGGUGUCCCUGAGGAUGUGCUGACCCACAUUGGCACUGUGGCCAGCUCUGUGCCCCUGGAGGACUUUAAGAUCCACACAGGCCUCUCCCGCAUCCUGCGCAGCCGGGCAGAGAUGGCCCAGAAGCAGACAGUGGACUGGGCACUGGCCGAGUACAUGGCCUUUGGCUCCUUGCUGAAGGAGGGCAUCCAUGUGCGGCUCAGUGGGCAGGACGUGGAGCGGGGCACCUUCAGCCACCGGCACCACGUUCUCCAUGACCAGGAAGUUGACCGGAGGACAUGUGUCCCAAUGAACCACCUGUGGCCCAAGCAGGCCCCCUACACCGUGUGCAAUAGCUCCCUGUCCGAGUAUGGAGUUCUGGGCUUUGAGCUAGGUUAUGCGAUGGCCAGCCCCAACGCCUUGGUCCUCUGGGAGGCUCAGUUUGGUGACUUCCAUAACACGGCCCAGUGCAUCAUUGACCAGUUCAUCAGCACAGGCCAGGCCAAAUGGGUGCGGCACAAUGGCAUCGUGCUGCUGCUGCCCCACGGCAUGGAGGGCAUGGGCCCGGAGCACUCAUCAGCGCGGCCCGAGAGGUUCCUGCAGAUGAGCAAUGAUGACUCAGACACCUACCCAGUCUUCACUGAGGACUUCGAGGUGAGCCAGCUCUAUGAUUGCAACUGGAUUGUGGUGAACUGCUCCACGCCAGCCAGCUACUUCCACGUGCUUCGCCGGCAGAUCCUGCUGCCCUUCCGCAAGCCACUGAUCAUCUUCACUCCCAAGUCCCUGCUGAGGCACCCAGAGGCCAAGUCCAGCUUUGAUCAGAUGGUGUCUGGGACCAGCUUCCAGCGGGUGAUCCCAGAAGAUGGGGUGGCAGUGCAGGCUCCGGGGCAGGUGCGGCGGCUCAUCUUCUGCACAGGAAAGGUGUACUAUGACCUGGUGAAGGAGCGCAGCAGCCAGGGCCUGGAGGGGCAAGUGGCCCUCACGCGCCUAGAGCAGAUCUCCCCAUUCCCCUUUGACCUGAUCGCGCAGGAGGCAGAGCGGUUCCCAAGUGCCGAGCUGGUGUGGUGUCAGGAGGAGCACAAGAACAUGGGCUACUACGACUACAUCAGCCCUCGCUUCAUGACCAUCCUCGGCCGCACCCGGCCCAUAUGGUACGUUGGCCGAGAGCCUGCUGCCGCACCAGCCACAGGCAACAGAAAUGCUCACCUGGUGUCGCUGAGGAAGUUUCUGGACACUGCCUUUGAUCUCCGGGCCUUCGAGGGAAAGAUGUUUUAGAGUGGGCAAGGCUGGCCUGGAUCUUGAGCUGGGGCCUCAGGAGGCUGGGAGGGUGAGCUGCUGGGCCCCAGGACGCGUUGCCUAUCAGGCUGGCUUUGGCCUGCAUGUCUGUGUCACUGUGGGAUUGAGACAUCGGAUGGGAGUGCAGUUCCUGUGUACCCUAGCACCUGGCCCCUCCUAGACGUGUGUCUUCUGCAUCUAUGGGGUUCGUGGCCACCCAGAGCCCUGUCGUUACCCCCUCCAGUCCUGUCCAGCCUGACUGCUGCUCGCCCCAUCAUGUGCACGUGUAGAUCCAGAGGGAAGCCAUCCUGCGAGCUCUUAGAAGUAGGGCUUUUAGAAGCGACCCAUAGUGCGACUGCUGUGCCGUUCAUGGGGCACGUUGGCUCACAGGUACCAAAGUGGAAACCAGAUGCAGAGAAAUAAAAACAAUGCUGAGACUUGC